AUUUUCUAUAACAUUUUGAUUUUUACAAAAAAAUAUACAUAUUAAAGGUUAUCGUUAUACAAAUAAUGCAUGUUAUUAUUUUAUCUUUGUAAAAUAAUGAGUUAUUGUCUCCCCUUGAAAUAAUUAUGGUAUAAUUAAAGUAUUCAUACUACUUGAAUUGUAUCGAAUUGUAACGGUUCAAAAUCAUGUCAGAUACUAACGGUAUUUGUAACCUUUCGAGAUUUCUCGAUAUAACAUUCUGAAGCGCGUACCCCUAUUUGUAUACUAAAAUCAUUCUCCAAACAUCCGUAGCUACUUCGCAAAUUUUAAAAAUUUGCUUCAAUAUGGGUCGAAGAAAAAGUAAACGACAAGCUCCGCAAAAGAAAAAAGUUAUCGAACCUCUGGACGUACAAUUUACAUGCCCAUUUUGUAACCAUGAAAAAUCAUGCGAAGUCAAAAUGGAGAAGAAUAAAAAUACAGCAAGAAUUGUUUGUCGAGUUUGUUUAGAAGAUUAUCAAACUAGUAUUAAUAUAUUAUCAGAACCAGUUGAUGUGUAUAACGAUUGGAUCGAUGCCUGCGAUGCUAUUAAUUAAUCUUUUUCAUUGUUUAAUUCAAUGAAAGUUAUGUGCCUUUUUUUAUCAUAUAAGUGACUUAUUGAAUUUAUAUUUCAUAUCACAGUUUAUUUUAAUUACAGGAUGUAACUUUGACCAAAAUAUUGUAAAUAAUGUUUAUUUCGUCGGUAUAAAUGAUUGAAAAAUAAACUUAUAUUUCUGACUGAAUAAGAAUAAGAUUAUUCAUCUAGGAAAACAGAAUUUCAAGUUAUUUAAAUAUAUAUACAUAUGUGUAUGCUGGAUAUAUUAUACAUGUAUGUAUAGAUCAUACUAUUAUAUGAUUAAUUUUUUGGUUUGUUCGAU